GUCUCAUCAAUUUCAAAGUUAGUGAAAGCUUUCCUUGCAUUGAAAGAAGAAGCUCAAAAAAUCUUCAAAUCUUAUCUUGUUCUCCAUUCCAAGUUUACCAUCAAAAUGAGUUCAUCAUUUUCCAGCCUUCUAGUUGCUCUUAAUUCAUUGGUGAUAAGUUUAAUGGUUAUUGUAAUAGUGAUUAAUGUAAAUCCAGUCGAGUCUCGAAUCGAUUCCAAGAGUAAAGAAAUUGAUCCCAGAAUUUUGGAGGAAAAAUUUCAAUCUGAUUCAUCAUCCGACAUUCAACCUGCCUCGGAUGCUCUUCAGCAUUUCCUCAAGGAAUUGGAUAGAUAUGUUGCCAUUGCAGGACGACCAAGAUUUGGACGAAGUGCUUAUAAAAUGCCGAAAACGCCAAUUGCUGAUUAUUUUACUCGGAAAAGUGUAAACGAAUUCAGAUUUCCUGGAUUUUACCAAUUGGAUGUGUAACUCUUUGGAUUUUGUUUUUGGUUUUCCUUAUUUCAUCCUGGAAAUGGAAAGUUGAAGAAUGAAAAAUGUAAAAAGAAAAUGUGAAAAUUUUAAGUUUCAUUAAAAUUCAUUUGUUCCUCUGAACUCAUUUUGUAUGUUUCUUUAUUCAUAUUCGGACCAAUUUAGUUGGAAAGCUAAAUAUGAGUUUUUGCCCUUUUUGCUUGCUUUCUUUCCACUGUUCAUGAAUGUUCAUGAAAUAUUCAAUCACUUUAGACUGUUGAAAUGUUAUUGA